AUGAUGACUUACAAAAACUUUGUUUUAAAUCUCGUAUGCUAUUGUCUUGAGUUGAACACGCCCAGACCCGAGCGCUGCGGCAGCAUAUACUGCCAUGAGAAGGCGCGCUGCCACGGUGGCACGUGUUACUGCGAGUACGGUUAUGCGGGUGAUGGCAUAGCGGUGUGCGAAAAGGUCGAAGAGGACCUCUGUAAGCGAGUCCGGUGUGCAGAGAACGCAGAAUGUGAGGCUGGUCUCUGUCAGUGUAAACCGGGCUUCAAGGGUGACGGAUUCUCCGAGUGCACCCCUGUGGAGGUCGAUUCAUCCUCUUGCAAUGGCCAAUACUGUGGACCCAAGGCUGAGUGCCGCGACGGGGUGUGCGUGUGCGUGCCGGGUUACACUGGUGACCCCUACGACAUUUGCACCCGUAAACGACCCCUCUCUGAGUAUGAAAAUUCACUCUUCAAGGCUCUUCGAGUCCGGACUCCUGUAGCAACCUUGCGUGUCACCCAAACGCAACUUGCUCCCAAGGUCAGUGUCACUGCAACUACGGCUUCGAAGGCGAUGGCUUCAUUGACUGUUGGCCUAAAGAUCCCGAUGACCAGUGACGACUAUUGCGAAGAAUGCCGCGGAAACGGCGAGUGUGCAGCCAACGCGCAGUGCACCUAUGACAGACAGAUGCAGCACUACCGGUGCGUUUGCGACGCUGGCUUCUUGGGAGAUGGCGCCAUCGCCUGCAUUCCAGGUGCGGUAGCCAAUCGUACUGAGGCAGCGCAGUGUCGUGCACCGUGCCACCGUUUCGCCACUUGCGACGAAUAUGACGGUCGUUGUAAGUGUCGAUCUGGCUUCAUUGGCAAUGGCUACACCUACUGCGAUUUUGACUGCAGUCAGUGCCUUGCUGAGGCACAGUGUGUGCCUGAGUCCAGUCAGUGCGUCUGUCCGUCAGGAUAUACCGGCGACGGUAUUCGCAUGUGUCGUCCAGUCACUAGCCAAGGUCUAUUCACACUGAGAAUCUUGAAGGACAGCGAAACGAUUCGCGUGCGUGAAGGCUCUGGACCUCUCACCCUCCGUUGCGUACUCUCGGGUGACGUACGUAACGUGCAGGCACGUUGGUUGGUUCCCGGUGACGUUGGCCGCACCGACGAGCAGGCCACGCAUGAAGGUCGGGAAUUGUGGCUCACCGUCGAUCAGCCCAGCCCCAAGAAUUCUGGCCCCUACGUCUGUCAGGCUUCUCGGAUUUCAGACACCAUCAACGUUAUCGUCGAGCCACAGCAAAAGAGUAUUAUAAUUAUCUUACUAUAA